AUGCCCUUAACCAAUGAGGAGCUUGGCGACUAUAUAGCGUCUUUGGAGCGCCUACUCCAAGGGAACCCUGCAGGUCAGACCGCUGCCCUCACAGGUUACGUGCAUAAGCUCGAUGCGUUUGCAUCAAGUGGGGACAACGAAGCGAUAGAGAAGACCUUGCAGCUGUUCGGGACGGCUGUUGGCGGUCGUAAAAGAUGGCAGGCGCCCUUCAGAGACAGCGGAAUCCUUGCUUACGCUCUUCGCGGCUUGUCUACCGUGCGCCAUGAAGAUCCCAUAGCGAAGCAAUAUCUAAGAGUCAUCGGCAACUCGGUUGCUGAUAAUGAUACCAACAGGGAGCUCGCCGUAAGAGAGCUCCAAGCCAUCGCUGGCUGCCUUCCAUCGCCAGAGCUACGCUUGACCACAUUGGCCGUACUUUUCAAUCUUUGCAAUGACUUUGAACCCGCCAAAGCUGCGGCGGCCACCAUCAGACUGGACGCCACAAUAUGCACCUUCCUAGUACUUGACAGAAUACCAGAGGCCGCGCUUGACUAUGCCACGGACCUGCUCAACUGGACCACGAGCAACUUGACAGACGACCAGUUCAAAGACGAAGUUUCACUCGAGACAUUCAAGAGCUUGCUGAAUGUCGCACUCCAGUACGAUGAAGACCACCAUCUGGAAUAUGUGGCUAUUCUGGUACAUUACCUCCAAGAUCCAGAAUUCCAGCAAAGAAUAGCAACACCAAAACUGCUCGACGAUCUCGUCACCCUCAUGCUGGAGUUUGAGGCGCGACUCGAGCCAGAAGACAUCGAUGCUGUUUUCGAGGAACUCGCAACCAGCAAGAACGCCGAUACCGUCACAUCAGAUGAAGCCCAAGUCCUCCUACUGGCACAACUGAUAGGGCUGCUAUCUGCUGCCUCGGCUACAGAUGUCUUUGCACAGAAUUUCAAUGUCAGAAGUCCUGUCAUUGAGAGACUAGAGGCAAAGCUACGGGCACCAUGGGACAGUGCAUACCCAUCUACGAUAUGCGCUUGUGUCAUGGUGGGAAAUCUGGCCAUGUCUGAUGAGGUUUGCAUUGACAUGGUCAAGAUCAUGGAGCUACAUGUUCGACUGAUUUUGAUUCUUAAAAAGAGCAAUAAACCUGCUCUUCUUUAUGCCGCAGCAGGUUUCAUGCGGCAUCUUACGUUUCCAGAGGCUAACAGGGCUUUGCUUGCAGAUGCCGGACUCAUGGAAGCAUGCUGUCGCAUGCUCGUACUGGACGAUCCGUCGGUCCGUGGUGAGGCAGCAGCCAUGCUAUGCAAGCUCGUCACCGGCAACUUUUACAACAUAGAGAAAGUCAUGUACGAGACCGUCGGCCCUGACACAGAAGCAAUUGACCCGGACGUCUCAGCCGACACUGUGAUCUUCUCACACAUCGUCGAGCAAGCCCUCGCUCCGGGCAAACCCUUACCAAGCACUACAAUGAAGAACCCAAUGAUCGAGCUUGGCCGUACCAUCGUUGCCAUGCUGCGAUAUCUUGGACGACCAAACGCAGAAAAAGACGUUGAAGCAGUACAAAUACAGAUCUUACAAGUACCCCAGAUUGCUCGACCCAUCGCCCAGCUAGUCCGACAGCGCUUCUACCCCGAAGCGCGAUCCGAAGGACUGCUCGGGUUAGGCUUGUUAGCCCAAACACUGGAGGGCGCCGCAGCUAUCGCUGAAGAGAUCAAGGAGGAUAGUGGCUUACUUGAGACGAUCAAAGAGCACGCCAAUGCAACAGAAGCAGGUCUCGCACAGCAAGCUCCAUCAACGGCUAGCAGAGACCACCAAAACGCGAUUGUGCUGCUUCAGGCGCUGCAGAACAAUGCGGCUGACCAAAUGGACGCAAUACUCUCGCAUUAG